AUGGCCAUGGACAGUGGGAAUGGAGCUUAUAUUUGUAUAAGUUUUCCUCUUUAUCUAGAGAGGGAGACAUUGGAUGAAGAUCGCUGUUUCUUGAAUAUUUUGAGGUCACUCAUGAGAAUUAAAGUGAUGCACAUUCUUCGUCACCAAAAAAGAAUGGUGUAUUUUAUUGAAGUGUGCUCAUUCAAUCCACAUGAUCAUUGGUCAUCCAGUGACUCUAUGAGUCCCGGAAUGCUAUACUUCCUGAUUCAUAUUGGAAAUAUGAAUGAAACCGAGAAGGUGGUAGAAACCGUGGUCCAGGCGAUGACAGAACUACAAGCAGAUGGUCCUCUAGAACAUCAAAUUCAAACUGCGUUGGAUUCGGUACCAACAAAAGAAGAGGAAGAGCGAAACACGUUUAAGUAUAUUUUCAUGCAAUGGGUAGUUUGGUCAAUGUAUUAUGUUGGAGGUCUAUCUCAUUCUUAUCAGACGCUGAGAGAGUUGAAAGCAAAUACUCCAACUCGCUUCAAUGCGGAUGUUAUCAAGUCCUCGUUGAAGAGGUUUCUGCCUUGGCCUUGUAGUAGCCAGUACAGUGUUUUAUAUUUGACCUGCUAA